AUGGGGAAGGAUGAGGAGGAGGACAAGGAGGAGAAAGCGAAGAAGUUAGAGGCGGACCUGUCCAACAACCGUUUCGCGGACCCGGUCAUCUUGGACCCGUUCAUCGUGGACGUGAAUCUGUCGCGCAAUAUGCUGACGGCGCUGCCCCGCCCCGUCUUCCUCAGCAACCGCACGCACACGCUGGACGUGUCCUUCAACCGCAUCGCGCACGCCGACACCGAGCUCCGGCCCUUCGGCGCCCUGCGGACGCUGGCCGUGAGCGGCAACCGACUCCACACGCUGGGCUUCCUGCCCGCGCCCUGCCAGCUGCUCUCCCUCAGCGCCGACCGCAACCAGCUGCGUAGCACGGAGGUGCAGGGCCCACUGAAUGGCUGCCAUAAGUUGGAGCGCCUGGACCUGUCGUACAACAAGUUGGGCCCGCUGCACCGCGGAGCCCUGGCCGGCCUCACAAGACUGCGGCGACUGAACCUGGCGAACGCAAGCAUUUCCCGCGUCAACGCAGAUGCCUUCUACGACGUGCACAACCUGGAGUUCCUGUUUCUGUCCAACAACCAGCUGACAACACUUCCCCCGCGCCUCUGCACCUCCCUAAAGGAACUGGAGCAGCUUCAUCUAGAUGGCAACCAGAUCGAUUCCCUCCCGGCAGACGUCUUCACUGGGAUGAAGAACGUCGAGGUCAUUUCCUUAGACAAAAACAAGCUUUCUCAGCUGCCUCAGGGGAUCUUCGCCGGGUUGGAGAAGCUAAAGUACAUUAUUCUCAACCGAAACCAAUUUACAUCUCUUCCUGCGGGAAUAUUCGCAGGAUUGAAGAAUCUGGAAGGUGUCGGACUGCCUUCGAACCAGCUGGAAACUCUUCCGCACGGAGUAUUUUCAGGCCUGCCGUCUCUGAAAUUUGUAGGUCUGAACGAUAAUAAAUUAACUACGUUGCCUGCCGGCCUGCUGGAAGGAAUCGAAACCCUUGGGAUGCUGGAUCUCGGAGCGAACAAGCUCUCGACCGUGCCGGCGGGGCUUUUGCGAGGCGUUAAGACUGUCGAGAUUCUCGACCUGUCGUCCAACCGCCUCACCGCGAUCUCUGGCGCCGAUCUAGCAGGACCGCAGAAAAUCAAGCGCCUCGACCUCACACGUACGUCGGCUGCGGCAUAG